UAAUUGCUCCGGGUGCUCCAUAAUACUGAUAUCCAAAGUUUGCUGUGGGUCUGGGGGGGUUAUUGUCAUGAAACAUGAGUUUGGCUUAAUUUUAAUCGCUGAUGCAACCAGAAGACGUAAAUUAGUUUAUACAUUGUUUAUUAAAUUUUUGAUUUUUAGACUGUUGACAACAGAGGAUCUCCGGAAGAGGAUUGAGAGGAGAUUGAAGGAGCAGAGGAGUGAAGUUUACAAUCCUUCCAUGACCAUGUUGAUCCCUCAGGAAGGAGAGAAGGUAUGGGGAGAGAAGAGGCCUGGAAAUAAGGUGGACAUGGUUGCGGAGAUUGUGGGCUACAGGCAUCGGAUUAACACUGGGAGGGAUCAGGCCUGCAUGCAGAGGUAUAUUACUAGGGUGUCCAGAGCUGGACUGGAUCAACCUAGUGUUCUUAAUUCUCGCCAGUUUUUACCUGUGGAUGCUCCACUGUUGGAUUUCUUGGUGGAAGAUGCUAAAGGUGUUGAAGGUUGGAGAUACCCCAAACUAGAUGAUCUGAAACUGUAUCAAGCUGAGAGGGGAUUGAACUUGAAGAUGUUGGAUAGGAUCGAAGUUCGGGAGCUAGUGUGCGGUGUUAGUUCUGACCAGGAGAUUGAGGAAACCCGAGAAUGGAUAAAGAAGAUGCAGGGGUUGGAUCAAGACAGGUUCUGCUCUCAGGUGGUUUCACUAGAUGUUGAGGACGUCAAGACGACCUAUUACGAUACACUCCGGAUGGCUGGUAAGCUCAGUAUUGAUCCUAAGAGAGCAGUUCUCCGGACUAGUGUAGAGACUGAUCUAGCUCAUGGUUAUUCAAAGGACGGUUGGAAACAAGUACCGGGGAAAAUCAUGUUUGGUAAUGGGAUCACGUGGACUUGUUUGAUCUCACUGGACCUGGAGAUGAACGGAUUGGGUGAUUAUGUUCUGAAGCAAGUGACUGUGCAGCCUGGGAUUGUUGAGUUACUCCGUGACCUCCCUGUCUCUGCUGGAUUAGCAAUCCGGAGAGAUGUACGGGGAAUAGAGGAGUUCUACUCAUUAGUCACUGGAAUGGAGGUUAGACUGGAGCGGGGUUUUCUAGACCUAACUUCGUUGGCCAUACUAGCAGGAUACAAGUUUCACUCUAAGAACAUGACAGCCAUGGGGGUGCAGGUUCAAGGUACUCUACUAAACAAAACAGUUUCCACUGGAGAUAAUAUGUGGGGUAUCAGGUGGAGAGAGAUUCCCAAGGCUCUACAAUGUUAUGCUCUGGGGGACAUUAAAUUCGGGUUUAUCACAUAUAAUGUUUUGGCUGGGCUACUGCUGAGAGAUGUCUUCCCUGAUCCUGAUAUGCUGUGUAGAUAUUUGAAGUGUGAUCAAGGUGCUGCUGUGAGCUGGUUUCUGGAGUUUGUGAUGAUAUCUCUAGAGGGAGUAGAAUAUCACCAGGUUGCAGAGGAGCAAGCUCAAACUCGAGAUGAGAUGGUUCGUUCGUUAAGGUUGAGAGAUUGCAGAGAGAAGCUGUGUGAAUUUUCUCCUCCCUAUGUUAAGGUCUGGGCUGAGAUACUAGGAGCGUGGCCCAGUCCUACUUUCGGGGGCUGCAGGUUUUUGUUACAAUGCAGGGAAUGGUUUGUAACACAGAUGAGGAUUAUAGCUGGAGCCAAGAUACAGUGGUCAGAUGGUAGGGUGAUCAGACAACCUAGAGAUACUGAUCUUGAGUAUGCCAGGUUCGGGAUGACUCCGGAGGAGAUUGGGGAGCAAACCUGGAUGGAUCCUGUCUCUGGGAUAAGAGGAUUGAGGAGACCUGAUGGAGUGAGGAUUCCGCUUCUAGGUUUUGAGGUUUCUACAGCCAAGAGUACUGAUAUUGGGAGCAAGUGUACUGAGAUAGGUAGAUCUCAGCGAUGGAGCCUGCUGGAAUGGGCUAGAAUGGAGCCGGAGAGGUUAAAGGGUUUCUUUACACGGAUGACCAGAGACGUGGGUUUCCAGAGGUUCUAUUGCAGUAUCUAUGAUCCAAUGAGGUUGUGCUACAGGAGAAUCUUUGAUGAACCUAUUUCAAAGAUUCCUGCCAUGGAUGAUGCUCUGAACAAGGCGGUUCGUAACAACCUGAAGGAUGAGGAGUCGGGUUUGGGGAAAGCCAGGGCUGAAGUCCUCAUCAGAGAGAAGAGAGUGUCUGGGUUGAUCAGCCUGACCAAGGACUGGGAGUUCGAGGAGAGGACUAGGUGGAGAGAGAAUGUUCCUGUUCUUGCUGGCUGGAAACAUCGCUCUGGACGAAAGAGGAUUGGAAGUCAGUCUGGAGCGAAAUCUGGUAAAGUAAAGAAGAGGAGGUUGAGGUCAUCCAAGAAUGGAGCGGAGGGUAUCUCUGGUGUUGAAGCGUCAGGUCGGUCUCCGUCUCAGCCUGCUCCAGGCUUGCCUGGAGUUGGGAAUGAGCUCGGAAACCUAGCCAACGGGCUUCACCAGGGGGAGGAGACGGAGGAGGUGGUUUUCUUAGACGAGAACGAUGAGGUUAUGGUUGAGGAUGAGCCUGAGGCCGUGCCCUCUACUCUUAAGCCUGUAAAGAAGAGGUUGAGUUCUGCUUUGAAGCGUUCUAGCUCUAAGAAGGUUAGACCUAGGACAUAUGAUGAGAUGAUUGAAGGUGUUGGAGACGAAGAUGAGUUCCCUGAUAAUCUGGACUUUGAGUUCGAGAUCCCGAAGGAGGUUGAGGAUUUCGAGUUCUAGAAGAGGAUCUCGCAGACAGUGAUGUGGAAGUGAUAAAGUGAUUUUUCUUUUCAGGGUUGGACGAUUAAUAGAAUGAUCUCAAUUCCAGUCGCGGGGUGCAGUUGAACUUUUUUCUUUUCUUCCUUGGUUGGCGAGUGUUUCGCGAGUUCCCUCACGACCAGUGUUUGAGUCAAGUUGCCCCUGUGAGGAUCUGCAUCGCCCCUGGGAAGCGUACUGUGUGUGCGUCUGUUACUGGUUUCUCGAAGUUUCUGCGCAGGCGCGAGUUUAUAUAUAGUAACCAGUUUUAUGAUAUAGCGUUUGUUUUUAAUAUAGUCGUGGUCAAUGAGCGGGUUCAGGCAUAUGUCUGUCUCGUGAUUAAAAGUUAUUUCUGUUCUAAUACGUAUUUCCCCAGGAUAAAUGUGAUUGAAGUACCGAAAUAUAUAUUGAGUUCGAGACUGGUUUUUUACUGUCGCAAAGAUGAGCCAAUCUCGAGAGAGAGGGACUUCCAAUCAGUCCAGGAGGAAUACGACUCGGUAACCAUUUACGAUGAUCACUAGGGGUUGCGAAAUAUUCAAUCACAGACCAUUAGGGGUUAACACAUAAUUAUUUUAACUUUAAAGAAAAGGUUAGAAACUUAAAUUAGAGUUUCAUCCUUUUUAUCCCCUGAUCCUCUUUGCAUCUGCCAGAUUAAUAUCAGGAAAGAUUUCAAAGAGAGGGAGGAUUUGAGAUUCUUUAGCAAAAAGGGGAUCUUAAAUGAGAAUUGAGGAUUUUAAGAUGGAAUAUUUGAUUCUUCAUGAUCUUUUGUAUCUGCCAGGUUAAUACCCGGAAAGAUUUCGAAAGUGGCGAAGAGUUGAUUUCUAGAAAUAAGGGGAGGUUUUACUAUUUUCUUUGAGAGUUGAGUAUUGAUUUAUCUUUAAAUUUAUUGUAUUUGCCGGUUUAAAAAAACUGGAAAGAUUUCAAUGAAUAAUAGAGAUAGAAACAGUUAGAUAAGGGUGAAUUCAAAGUCUAAUACUAAACUCUGAGUAUUGAGGUGUAUAAUGUUGGUGUUUCCUUGAUUUCAUUGGGUCUGCCAGUAUAUAUAGUUGGAAAGACUGGAUGAAUAGCGGGAUAAUAAACCAUGAGUAAAAAUGUUUGAAAAUUGCAAUGAAAUGAGUUGAAUUAAAAUAUUGAAAUCCCCAAGAUCCCUUUGUGUCUGCUAAACUAAUAUUUGGAAAGACGUCAAAGAGGGGCGGAGAUUUAAAUUUUCUUGAGAUUAAAUAAAUCUUUUAAUUUGAA